CAUCCCUCAUGGCUGCCUGCCGGAUGUAGUUUUCUAUAUAAACAGUAAAUUACCGGAGACGUUUGGUAAAUUUGGCUUGUUUUAAGUUUGAAAGAGCCGCUCUUGAUCAAUUUAAUGGCAACUGAGGAACUAUAGAAAGCGGGGCAUUACAACGGAGAGGCUCUAGAAUUUCGCUCACUUGAACCGAAAGAAUCGAUUUAAUUCAGGUGAAUGAAUGCCGAAAUAGGUUGAUACGCAACCACUUUAAAAGUACCCUCCUGGUAAAGAUGGCUUAAACCAAUAGCCAUAAUGGUGAGAACAGCAGAAAAACAGCACAAGAAUUGAAACAACUGAUUUAAAAAUCCACCCUGAAUUAGAAAUGGCGACUGGCAGCGAUUCUCCAUCAUCUCAACGAAGCUUAACAAUGGAGGCAUUCUCUGAUGAGGACGAAGAAGACAAACAACCUCUCCAAGACAAACAUUGCGUGUCAUAUCUGGAGGAAACUAAAGCGCCUAGCAAAACAUUUCUGCCUCAGAAAUUUCGCAAAAAAUGGAGUCGUGCAGCUUUUAUGGCUUCCGUUGCUUCAUUAUUCGUCACUGUUAUAUUCAGUGUACUCUCGUUCGUGGCUUCCAAAAGCACUGAAAGUUCAUCCAUUUUUGCCAGCGCAUUAGAUGGGAUUAUGGGGGCUUUCAACUCUCUGGCCGUGGCAUGGAGAUUUCGAGAUGCGUCCAAUGGUGAAGUUGCACCAAAGCGAGAGAAAAUCGCCGCAUUUGGAAUCGCAGUAACUUUCAUGUUGAGUGGAAGCGCAACCACUUCAAUUGCUAUUCUACAUCUUAUGGCAAAAGACUACCCUGAGAAACCCGCCGAACUUAUUGCUAUUCUAGCUUCCAGUUUCACAUGUUAUUUCUUUCUUGCUCUCGUUCAGGACUGCAUCGCCAAGAAACUUGAGAGUAUCUCAUUAAAAGCAUUCGCUAUCGAUUCAUGGCUUGCGGCAGGCAUGUCACUGGGAGUGCUGGUUUCUACGUUCAUCUACAGGCAAGUCGGAAAAAGCGUUUGGAUGUUGGAUCAUUCAGUGGCGGUAUUUAUUGGUUUUAUAUCCGUCAUAUAUGGCAUCCAUCUAAUAGUCCAAAUAGCAUUUUGCACGAAACACCCAAAACUUUGUUGAAGAGUGAGAAACCGAGUUUUUUUCCAAAGGUUACUUUUUCAGUGGCCCCCUUUUUUUCCUUAUGUGUCAAUGAAAUGUAAUGGGAAAUCGCUCCUUUUUGUGGUAAAUUGUGAUUUCGCGUAAACCUUACAUCCAGAUACCAAAUUAAAAUAACCAAUGUGAAGUAUCUUGUUCUUUUGACGAGAACAGAGGGGGUGACUGCGUUCGCAGGCCUCCGAGUUCAGCUGGUCAAUAGAAAGGACUGUUUUGUUUAUUUUCGCGCUAUCAAAUUCUUGAAUUAAAUCAACAUGCUAGUUACUCAUUCUAUAAAAUGAGAGUUGCAAAAGUAUUUCAAGGUUAAUUGUUGUGUUUACAGCAUCGUCGCUCAAAAAAAAGAAUGAAAAGUUAAAAGUACCGUAGUUUUAUUGUUGCAAUUAUGUCUUUCUUGCUUCCAUGGCUUGCUAAGGAUGCAAAUCAGGUCUUAUCAUGUAUCGUAUAUGCACAAUAAAUAACGUGUAUUUCUUUGUUCUGAGAUGUUUGUGGACAAGCGAUUCGAAAUAACUGGUUAGACUUGAGCACUGUUGCUGGUUUAACGAACUAUUACGUUUCCAAUUCAACACUAAAAUGUAAUCUUUUUGGAGUCACAAGUACUACCCAGCGCGGGCGAUUCAAAAGUGUUUGUGGGAUCCAUAUCAUAGCCUGGAGAAAUCUUCACUGAGGCUGGCUUGAAGAAAAGUGAUGGCCUAAAGAUCUCUCAACCAAAACAGCUGAGUUGCCAAACUGCUAAACUGUAGCCUUCUUGUUUGCAGCGAAAGAAGUCUAGGCACGAGACUGAAUGUGCGUGCAAAUUACUCACAUGGACUUUCUUAAAAUCGCUUUUAUUGUUGUUUGGUUGUUUGUUUGUUUGUUUCUCGCACACCUGGACGAGAAUAGCACCAAAGCUAUGUUCAUAGUAGAUUUCUUGCCACAUAAAUCUGUUCACCUCUACCUUCCGAGUUCAGUAGACAUCUCAGCAUAGGAGGCGAACGUUGUGGUGUGUUAAAACCUGUUUAUUGUUAAAUGAAGUCUUUGCGUAUGUCUUACGGCAAGGCUGUUUCCAGAAUAAAAGAAAUUGUCACUGUGUGACUUUUCAAUGAUAAUUUAAAACCUGCGUAAUGAUUUUUGUGAAAAGUGGCAAAGAUGUACCGAUUCCGCAUAUAAAUAAAAGGAAAAAGCGUGAUCAGCUUAUUUAACUUUUUUAGGCCCUGAUUCAUACAAACAAAGUUAACAUAUUCAGUU